CACUAGAUGAGCCAGAUGGAACAGUCGAUGGAACAGUCGAUGGUGCACUGGAUGAGCCAGAUGGAACAGUCGAUGGAACAGUCGAUGGUGCACUGGAUGAGCCAGAUGGAACAGUCGAUGGUGCACUGGAUGAGCCAGAUGGUACAGUCGAUGGAACAGUUGAUGGUGCACUGGAUGAGCCAGAUGGUACAGUCGAUGGUGCACUGGAUGAACCAGAUGGUACAGUCGAUGGAACAGUCGAUGGUGCACUGGAUGAGCCAGAUGGUACAGUCGAUGGUGCACUGGAUGAGCCAGAUGGUACAGUCGAUGGUACAGUCGAUGGUGCACUGGAUGAGCCAGAUGGUACAGUCGAUGGUGCACUAGAUGAACCAGAUGGAACACUCGAUGGUGCACUAGAUGAACCAGAUGGAACAGUCGAUGGAACAGUCGAUGGUGCACUGGAUGAGCCAGAUGGUACAGUCGAUGGUGCACUGGAUGAGCCAGAUG